AUGCCCAAGGCAGAUAUCAACAAGGCUGGUUGGGAACAAAGUGAAUUUCCCAUUCUUUGUGAAACAUGUCUGGGACCUAACCCGUUCAUUCGAAUGUCGAAACAAGAGUUCGGUCGCUCGUGUGGCACAUGUGCUCGUCCAUUCACGGUUUUCCGAUGGAACCCAGGCUCCGGUGCACGGUACAAAACCACUGUGAUAUGUCAGACGUGCGCCAAAGUGAAAAAUGUCUGCCAAACGUGCCUUCUUGACCUCGAGUACGGACUACCUACUCAAGUUCGAGACACCGCCCUUGCCAUUCAGAACGAAGCACCAACCAGUGACAUCAACCGGGAGUACUACGCGCAGAACAUGGAGAACAAGAUGGAGGACGGAAAUCAAUCCCUGAUGCAAGUCGGGACUCGGGCUACAUCUGCUGGGAAGGAAAUGCUGAAGCAGCUAGCUCGGACAAACCCAUACUAUAAGCGCAACCGCCCACACAUUUGCUCCUUCUUUGUAAAAGGAGAGUGUAACAGAGGAGACGAGUGCCCAUUCAGACAUGAAAAACCUGUUGAAAAUUCGCUUUCCCAACAAAAUAUUCAGGAUAGAUAUCAUGGUAACAAUGACCCAGUUGCACGAAAGAUAUUGGCCAAUCAUUCGGAGGCGCAAGGUCUGAAGCCACCAGAAGACGAGAAUGUUGUGAGUGAGGUUUCCCCUCUCUCUGGUGCUGUAUUUGAAGGCUCGGCACAACAGACCUCUCUAUUCCUUUCCUCUCUCCCUGCCUCUGCUACAGAACUUAGCAUACGGACUGAUGUCAUUAAUUCAUUACCUCAAAUACCUUCGUCACAGUUGCGGUCGGUCGUCCACGUCGCGAAAUCACGAUGUGCAUUCAUCAACUUCAAAGACCGAUAUUCUGCUGAGAGGGCAGCAGAAGCUUGGGCGAAUGGCCUGGACAUGGAUAGCGAACGAGUCCAUGUGAAGUGGGGAAGGAGCAAGGGUCCUUCCAAGUCGGCAACGCCUACCGCGGGACCAUCAGCAGUUCCUGCACCUGCGUGA